AUGCGGGGUCGUCAUGUUGAUGCCUACUCGGCGUACAAGCGUGUCACGUCGAGGGACUAUUACAAUGCUUAUGAUAGAGAAGAAGACUCAGAACGUCUAUUGAGUGGCAAAGAUCUUGGAAACCCUUCAUGGAGACGCUCUUUGCCUCAUAUGCUUGUAGCGGCUGUUUCUUCUUUCUUAUUUGGCUACCAUCUAGGAGUGGUUAACGAGACACUAGAUAGCAUUUCUCUUGACCUUGGCUUUAGUGGGAAUCCCUUCGCUAAGGGUUUAGUAGUGAGUACAUGCUUAGGAGCUGCUUUUGUUGGAUCUCUAGUUAGUGGCUAUAUCCUAGAUGGAGUUGGGCAUCGUAGGGCAUUCCAGUUGUGUGCACUUCCGAUGAUAAUCGGUGCGUCGAUGAGUGCAACGGCUCACAGCCUAUGGGGCAUGAUAUUAGGGCGGAUAUUUGUUGGAACUGGGAUGGGUAUUGGUCCUCCUGUUGCGGCUCUCUAUGUGUCAGAGAUUUCACCAGCUUUUGUAAGGGGAACAUUUGGUAGCUUCACACAAAUUGCUACAUGUCUUGGACUGAUGGGGGCUCUAUUCAUUGGACUCCCAGCCAAGGAUAUAGUGGGUUGGUGGCGGGUUUGUUUUUGGGUAUCUACUGUUCCUGCUGCAGUGCUUGCUAUUUGCAUGGAGUUCUGUGCAGAGAGUCCUCAUUGGCUUUUCAAGAGAGGAAGAGGCACUGAAGCUGAAGUUGAAUUUGAGAAACUUUUAGGAGGACCACAUGUUAAAUUUGCAAUGGCAGAAUUGUCAAAGUCUGAACGAGGGGAUGAAGUGGAGACAGUAAAGUUCUCAGAGCUAGUGUAUGGCCGCCAUUUCAAAAUGGUUUUCAUUGGGUCUACCAUUUUUGCUUUACAACAGCUGUCAGGCAUAAAUGCUGUAUUCUAUUUCUCCUCAACUGUCUUUAAAAGCUUCGGCAUUCCUUCAGCUAUUGCAAAUGUAUGUGUUGGAGUAGCAAAUCUAUCAGGGUCAAUUGUUGCAAUGAUAUUGAUGGAUAAGCUUGGGAGAAAAGUACUUCUUCUUGGAAGUUUUACUGGCAUGGCAGUGUCGUUGAGUCUUCAAGUAAGUGGAGCAAGUUCUUUUACAUCAGGAUCUGGAGCACUGAGUCUGUCUGUUGGUGGCAUGCUGCUGUUUGUUUUGAUGUUUUCUCUCGGAGCUGGUCCAGUUCCUGGUCUUCUCCUAUCAGAAAUUCUUCCUAGCCGUAUUAGAGCAAAGGCCAUGGCAGUUUGCAUGGCUGUGCAUUGGGUGGUAAAUUUCUUUGUUGGCCUAUUCUUUUUGCCCUUGCUGGAGAAAAUCGGGCCACAACUUCUGUAUACAAUCUUUGGUAUUUUUUGUGUACUGGCUGUGAUAUUUGUGAAGAGAAAUGUAGUGGAAACAAAAGGGAAGUCACUCCAAGAAAUUGAAAUUGCACUACAGUAAAGGGAUAUAAUGCACAAUAAGGUAGUAUGGAGAAUCUGAAAUCUUGUAUACCCGCCUAAAUUCCGACUCGAAGUUAUCAUCAUGCUGUAGCUGGGGAACUUUUUGGGAACUUGGAAACUAGUUAUCAAGUGCUCACCCUGGAAGGCCUAUGUAUAUUCUUAGAGAAUUUGUAUUUUGAGCAGCACAUUGAUGUCAUAGACUAAUGAAAACUUACAACUAAUGUAAUACAAGCGCCUGAUUCUAAGGAAUAUUAUGUUCC